CAACACUUGGCACAACCGAAUCGUUUGCCGAGACAGAAACAAUUGAUGCGACCAUUCGAAAAACCAGUGAAAAACCAUCACCAAAUCACAUCUCCAGCAGGUUACCGGUAGAAAGGCAUCGGGAUUUCAUCGUGGAAGUAAUUUACGAAACUACGAGUGUGAAAUGCAUUCCCUGCGAUUGGCACUGCCGCGAUUCGUCCGCGUUAUGCCAAACUGCAACUCGGUCCGGACACAAUUGGUCGUAAGUUUCGCUAACCGUUCCUGUGCGUUCCAACGACGAUACGAUUCAGUGACACCCGUCCGGACACUGUUUUCGACAACAACCCGUGCAGCUAGUGUUCCGGAUUCUGCCAAACCCGUCAAAGAGGACAAUUUGACCGACAGAAUAUACUACGGAAGUCUCACACCACAAAUACGUGCCGUGAAGGUGUUUUCGCUGGCCACCAGUAUAGGUGGUAUCGUUGCGCAACCAAUUCUACUCGAGCAAGCUAGCAAAGUAGGCGGCAUGCCAAUGAUAGUGGCCGUUUGUGGAUUUGCUGGAUUUUUCACCUUCGUCACACCGAUACUGUUGCAUUUGGUCACGAAACGGUACAUUACAGACCUGCACUAUGAUCCUACGAAUCAACAGUACACGGCCACCACGAUCACGUUUUUCCUUCAGCGUGAAAAGACACAAUUCAAGGUGGAAGAUGUUACCGUACCGGAGGUGGGUGGAUUAUUUACAACAUUUCUAGUGAAAAACAAAGCGUUCUUUGUCGAUCCGCAACUCUUUCCUGAUCCUACGCAUUAUAUUAAAAUAAUGGGAUACGACAAACCGAUCGAUUUUAAGUUUGAAGAGGCCCGGGGACUUAGUAACGGUGAGAAUAAGACGAAGCAAGAUCGAUAAGGUUAAAUAAAGCGAAGCUAAUGAUUAUUUUUUAACUACAA